CGGGUGGAUUUAUCCCCAGAUAAUAUUGCGGUUUCAAUGGUAUAUUUUGUACAGGGUGUUUUAGGCCUUUCUAGACUUGCAGUGAGCUUUUACUUAAAAGAUGACCUCCACCUAGAUCCGGCAGAGACAGCAGUGGUAACUGGUGUAUCUGCAUUGCCGUGGCUUAUCAAACCUCUGUAUGGAUUCAUUAGUGUUUCCGUCCCACUCUUUGGUUACCGAAGAAGGUCAUACCUUGUUCUAUCUGGGAUGCUCGGAGCACUAUCAUGGUCUUUGAUGGCUUCCCUCGUUGAUGACAAGUAUGGCGCUGCUUUCUGCAUUCUUCUUGGAUCUCUAUCUGUUGCCUUUUCUGAUGUGGUUGUAGAUUCCAUGGUUGUUGAACGGGCUCGUGGUGAAUCACAAAGCACAUCUGGCUCUCUUCAGUCUUUAUGUUGGGGAUCCUCAGCUUUCGGUGGGAUAGUUAGUGCUUAUUUUAGCGGCUCCCUGGUUGAUGCUUAUGGUGUUAGGUUUGUUUUCGGCAUCACGGCAUUGCUUCCACUGAUAACGUCUGCUGUUGCUGUUCUUGUUAAAGAAAAACCCACGUCCAGGUCUACGGGAGGACAUAAUCUUUCUUUAGUGGGUGCAGGAUUUUUUGAGAGCUCAAAGCAGAAUAUUAUUCAGUUAUUGGGUGCCAUCCGGCAGCCAAAUAUAUUUUUGCCCUCCUUAUUCAUUUUCCUCUGGCAAGCUACACCUCAUUCAGAGUCUGCUAUGUUUUACUUUACUACGAACAAACUUGGCUUCACCCCGGAAUUUCUUGGUCGUGUCAAGCUUGUCACUUCGGUUGCAUCAUUAUUAGGUGUAGGACUGUACAAUGGAUUUUUGAAGAAUGUUCCACUGCGAAAUAUUUUUCUUGUGACCACCAUUAUAGGUUCAGCACUAGGGAUGACACAGGUUAUACUUGUUACUGGAUUAAAUCGACAAUUUGGCAUAAGUGACGAGUGGUUUGCAGUCGGGGAUUCUUUAAUUAUUACAGUUCUUGGUCAGGCAUCAUUCAUGCCUGUUUUAGUGUUGGCUGCAAGAUUAUGUCCCGCUGGUAUGGAAGCAACACUAUUUGCAACUCUCAUGUCCAUCUCAAAUGGAGGGAGUGUCAUAGGGGGGCUGUUAGGAGCUGGCCUGACAUAGCUUCUGGGUGUCACAAGAGACAGCUUUAAUAACUUGACAUUCUUGAUAGUUAUCUGCAAUCUCAGCUCGUUGUUGCCAUUGCCUCUCCUUGGUCUUCUUCCCAAAGACAUUCCAGAUACCAAGCCUGACGAGAAUGGAGAUGUCGAGAUGAAGUCAAAUUGAACUUAUGUAAGCACCUCAAAAUUUUGCUGCAAUGAUUUGAAAUACCUGUUCUCGCUGUUUCAUUCACUACAGAAGCCCAAAUU